AUGUUUCAUUUACUUCUCUAUUUAUCGUCUGUCUUCUCCAAUGGUUCUGGUCUAGAAGUUACACCGAGUGACAUCAACAGAAAAUGCUUCACCUGCUCAGUGUUUACUUUUAUUGAUAACCGUCUGCUAUGUGCAAAUCCGGGAGUGUGUUAUGCAAAUUACUGUUAUUCUUAUUUAUUAUCGGAUCAAAGACCUAUGUAUCUUGCAGGAUGUGCGGAAGACAUCUCGGAUUAUCCGUUCCGGGAUAAUGAUUCACGCACAGUUUGCCAUGCACGAGGAUCGUUUGGCUUAUGCUUGUGCGAAACAACUGAUGGUGCAUGUAAUACUCUUGAUGCAAAUAUUACGGAUUUAGCCUGGAUCAACACGGACAUUGUCAUGAUGAAUGCUGUUUCGCACAGAGUAACUGGUUUCUCGGCCGAUUACGCUAAAAACCGAGUACAACAACUCAGAGUGGAGGGAUUUCCAGAAACAUUUCCGGGCUUGCCGCUAAACAAUUCCGCCGAUCUUACAAACAAUAUACUUAUUUAUUGGUUAGGUAUUGCUACUUUCAUUCUUAGGCUCUAG